GAAAAACAAAAACAAAAACAAAAACAAAAAUAGAUUCCUAGAGAAUUGUCGGAUAGCGCAAUGGGCCUUAAAAACUAACUAUGAUCUUAUCUGAAGAAUCCAUGGGCUCUUUCCAUCUGAAGAAGCCACAUGUCUAAUUCGAGGUCCGAUUUGACAUGUCUGCCGAAGGCAGUCAGGCGAGCACGCACUAACCUCUUCUCCCCAUUCUCAGUGUCCAAACAAACAAAAGAAGCAGUAACCAAAUUAAAAACUCAGGAAAAAAAAUGGUCAAGACUAAACAACAGAAGUCCACAAAACCAAAACGAAACCCUCACGUGAAAAAACAGGGAAAACAAGCUGAUAUCACUCAAUUUCGAGCUCAGCUGGAUGCAUUGGGACUGAAAAUUAUCCAAGUGACUGCAGAUGGUAAUUGUUUCUUCAGGGCACUGGCAGAUCAGCUGGAAGGUAGUGAAGAGGAACAUGGAAAGUAUCGUGCCAUGGUUGUACAGUAUCUAAUGAAGAAUCGUGAUACGUUUGAGCCCUUUAUUGAGGAUGACAUCCCAUUUGAUGAAUACUGCCAAUCCAUGGAAAAAGAUGGCACAUGGGCUGGGCAUAUGGAAUUGCAGGCGGCUUCUCUAGUUACACGUAGUAAUAUAUGCAUUCACCAGUACAUGUCACCUCGCUGGUACAUCCGGAAUUUUGAUGAACGUGGGGCUUGUAUGGUCCAUUUAUCUUAUCAUGAUGAGGAACAUUAUAACAGUGUGCGUUUAAAGGAAGACACUUGUAUAGGGCCGGCCAGGCCAAUUAUAAUAAAGGCUGAUGCUGACCUUUCAGCAACAACUUGUCAAGCAAAAACUGCAGCCAGUAAGUCCAAAGGGGGAGCUGCUAAGAAUAGUAUUGAUCCAAGUUCCAUCAAAGUGGUAAUUGCAGGAAGUGGUUGUCAGGAUGCUCAAAAAGUUGAACAGGUUUUAUUACAAGUAGAUGGUGAUGUUGAUGCUGCAAUAGAAUUUUUGAGAGCAGAACGGGAAGCAGAUGACUCUUCACCAGAAAAUCAUUCUUUUCAAUGUCAUGCGGAUAGUUGUUAUGAUUGUAAAGCUGGAAACUGUGAGCAGCACGGCAAAGAGCCUCUAAAGGAUACCCACAGUCACGAUCCAUCUAAUGGUAGAACCAAACCGACCAAUGGCAAUAGCAGUUGCCAGGCAGGUGACAAGAAGAUAGCAAGAAAUAAGACUUGUCCAUGUGGGUCUAAAAAGAAAUACAAGGCCUGUUGCGGAGCUGUCAAGGCAAAACCCUCUGCGAAGUUUUUAAUUAAUCAAACAGUUGACUCGAGAAAAGUUAAGAAAGAAAGAAAGCAACGUGGUAAAGGACCUGCAGAAUCUGAUGGCAGUCCGCCUGAUGUUGGUGCACUUUGUAUAUGAACUUGGUUUUGGUCCUCUCAGAUCUUAUAUAAUUUCGUAUUUUCCUCCACUAUCCCUUGCAACAGGCUGAUCAGAAGAAUUUCUGCCGUCUCCACUGUAGUUCAAUGCCUAUUGCUAUGGUUUAAAAGUUCAUACAUGUAAAUUACUUAUCAUCAGAUUUAAAAGCUAGCAGGAUCUUCAUCCCAAACUAAAAUGUCGUUUCCCCAAGAGGCCACAUAGAAAAGGUGCUUGAUUAUUGUUAUCUUUCUAGACUUCAUAUAUACAUGCUUUGCUUUUUGGCGAACUGAAAUUACAAGGUCCGAAAGGUCAGAAAAGAAAAGGCAACAAAAAGAAGAAAAAAGGAAAAGAAGAUACGUGUAGGUAAAAAUUUAGAGAAAUUGCUGUGUAUUGUAGUUUUAGUGAUUAUGGAUAUGGGGUUUGAUCUUAAAAGUAUUUCUUUUCUCUUUUUUUCUU